AGUAAUAACGUUGAACACGUGAUCGUUUUAGCAGAAAUUUAGUAUAAAGUAAAAAUGGCAAAAUAUCUAGCUCAAGUUAUCGUUGCCGGAGCCCAAGUUGUGGGCAGGGCGUUUACUAGGGCUCUUAGACAAGAAAUACAAAACUCUCAAAGAGCUGCACAGGCCAGAUCAACAAAGUCGACGUCCCAACAGGCCGCCGCCAAUUCGGUUAGCGGUAUAACAGUACAAGAAGCGCUGCAAGUAUUAAAUAUAAAGGAUAUUCAUGAUUUAGAAACAUUGAAUAAAAAUUACGAUCAUUUAUUUAAAGUAAAUGAUAAAUCAAAGGGUGGGUCAUUAUACUUACAAUCAAAAGUUGUAAGAGCGAAAGAACGAAUUGAUAUGGAAUUAAAACAAAUGGAAAAAGACAAUCAAACAGCAUCAGAAUGA